UACCACCUUGGGUAUACUACCCAAGCACUAUAGUUUGUUCCGUGGUCCGCCCCCGGACGGGGAUCGGAGCACGUGCACACCUCCUCUUCCCUGAGUGGGAUUUGCCCGACAAGUCCAUACCGGGUAUAUUUGGAAUCCACUGCAACUAUGAAUCCGUGGACGAGCAUGGAUCCCUGCACGGAUUCCUCCCAUUCAGAGUUGGAACUCCUGCACGAUGGAGGACGCCUCAUCCUAACGGCACCGAUCGGUACACCCAACAUACGUAUCCCAGCUGUCCACCCAUUAGUCAAUUGGAUCCGAGACAGGAAGAAGAUAACCCACCAGAAAGAUUCAUCAUCAGGCAAAGCCACCACGCACGCCUGCGCGGAAAUCGCACACACAGCCGAGCAAUUGGACGUAUCGUCGGAAUCACUCGAUGCUUCCUUGUUGGCGCCGUGCGUAGUGUCCGGCGAUGAGAUCUUGGGCCAUUUCCGGUGGCCGCCUUCACCGGGCGCGGUCGCCCGCUCUGAGGCUGUGCUGUUGGUACCGGAGAUCUUGGCCAUGCGGAGGGGGCCGGCGGAUGGGAGCGCGGUGGCUGUGGUUGCCAGGAUGGCGAUGGUUGUGAGGAGGGUAUUGGUUAGCUGCAUGGUGCAGAUACGAUGAUGUAGUUGAUGGAUGGACAAUGUAUGAACAAGUAUGGAGAAACCAGG